AUGCAGAGAAAGCUGGCAGGAUGGAAAGGUUGCUUCAAACUCAACUUUGAUGGGGCUGCUAGACAGGGCCUGGCUGUAGGUGGUAGUGUCAUUAAAACUCAUAAUGGGUCCCUGGUUGCAACCUAUAUGAGGAACUUGAAUGGUCACUCCAGCAAUCAAGCAGAAGCCAUGGACUUGGCUUGGGUGGUCCAUUUCACCCUCUCCAUGGGCAUAAGGGCUAUGGACAUUGAGGGGGACUCUAAGCUUAUAAUUGAUGCUGUCACAACGCAGGACAAACUCAAUAAGUUGAUUGAAGGAAUCGCCAGAGAUAUUAUUAGACUCAUUUUAGGGCUUGACUCCUUCUGCAUCAUGCAUAUCUAUAAAGAAGGAAAUGGGGUUGUCAAUGUUCUUGCAACACUCGGAUUAAUGGAUUCGAGCCUAAAAUGCUAG